GACCAGACCAAAAAAAAAAAAAGGGGCAGUGGCACACAGCCUCAUGAAUUUGUGUGGCAAGGAAUUGGGAUAGCCCUCCUCUGAAAUCCUCCUCUUCCCUUCAAUCCUGAGAGACACAUCCAUCAUUCUAAUCACAAAUCACAGAAAGGUGUUGCCAUGGCCAACAUGAUUAUGGCUUCCUCCAAACCUUUGGUUCCAGUUGCCACUAAUUCCCGUUCAUCCACCCCCAGACUCCCAAUUGUGCAAAUUUCACUCCCCAAAGUCUCAACCCUCAAACUCAAACUCCCAAUUUCAAAGCCUCAAUUACUCUCCCUGGUGGGUAUGGCUGCAAGCUCACUCGCCAUGGCCCCUCCCUCCCUCGCCGCAGAGAUUGAGAAAGCAGCUCUAUUCGACUUCAACCUCACACUCCCCAUUAUAAUGGUGGAAUUCCUGCUGCUCAUGGUAGCGUUGGACAAGUUAUACUUCACCCCGCUUGGGAAAUUCAUGGACGAGAGGGACGCGGCGAUCAGAGAGAAGCUGGGCAGCGUAAAGGACACCUCAGAAGAGGUGAAGCAGUUAGAGGAGAAGGCGAAUGCGGUGAUGAAAGCUGCUCGGGCAGAGAUAUCUGCGGCUCUUAAUCAGAUGAAGAAGGAGACACAGGCAGAGGUUGAACAGAAGAUUGCAGAAGGUAGAAAGAAGGUGGAAGCAGAGUUGCAGGAAGCUCUGGCUAACCUUGAGAGGCAAAAGGAAGAGACCAUUAAGUCCCUCGAUGCCCAAAUUGCCGCUCUUAGCCAGGAGAUUGUUAAAAAGGUUCUUCCCACUGCUUAGUUUUGUAUAUCACUAUCUCUCUACCUCUCUGUUUUCGAUUCCAUGUCUCAAUUGCUCAUUUACAACACUACUGUUCAAUGAGGAAGGACAAUUAUUU